AUGGUUGGAAAAGAUCAUACGGCUCAGACAGAAGUCUCGAACCCUCCAGAAUCAGCCCAUCCAAUAACAGCAGAUCAAUUGCUUGACUUGGAAGAGCGGCAACGGACGCUGUUCAAUGAGAAGGCUAAUGGACCGGCACGAAUCAGAACGGGAUGUCAGGAGAUUGAUGAUUAUGUUCUCUGCGCUGGUAAGGAUAAUUCAGAUGGAGGAUUCGAAAGGGGAAUCGUAGUAGGGUUAAGUGCUGCUGAUGGGGAUGAAUCGACAGGCAGUCGACAGAUAUCUCUCAAUCUCAUAGCAUCAGUCCUCUUACAACAUAUCGAUUUGUUAGAUGCCAUUCAGAAGUCCCAGAAUGAAUCGGGGAAUACAAGCAAGCCAAAAGUUGUGAUAAUAGAUACGACAGGUUCCUUUAACCUUCCUCUUCUAGUCAAAAUUUUGAGAUCAAGGCUUUUGAAGAGGAGAUCUGAGAUGAGAAGUAGGAAUGAUAUAACUAUGAAUCUCAACGAUGGCCGGAAUACAGAUGAAAGUACUGAGAUCGACAUACAAAAAGAAGUGAAUGCAUUAUUGGAGCUGGUUGCCAUUAGUAGAGUCUUUGAUGUUGAGGGGUUAUGGGAGGUAUUAAGUGAGCUAGGACGGCCAAACGAUCAGCCUGGAAACAACGGGGGCGAUCAGAAAAUACCCAACAUCAUACCAUCACGGACCAGCAAACCCGUUGAAAGGGAAACAGAGCCAUUACACAAAAUCCCAGAUGAGAUCUGCGAUAGCGACGAGGAAGACAUCGAAUUAACACCACCACCACCAGUCAAACCCACAACAUCAAUCCCAAGCUCAACACCAACCACUCCCGAAAUAUUAAUCAUAGACAGCAUGCACUACCUAAUAUCCCACCUCUUCACCCACUCCGAAAAAGUCUCCGCACACAAUCUUCUCUCCCUCCUAUCACGAACUCUCCACACCCUAACCCAUACUCAAAAUAUCCUCACCAUCCUCCACAACACUACUAUUUCUACCAAAUCCAAUUUCACAACCCAACAGCCCUCUCGUCAACCUCCGCCUCCACCCCCACUUCCAACCAUCCACUCGAUCUUCAGCUCCACAGCCCAAAAACCAUCACUAGGACGCAUCUUUGACGAUUUCCUCAAUCUCCACAUUAUGAUUUCGAAACUCCCGAAGAAGAGAGAGGAUGCUGAGAAUCUUUAUUGUCGAGAUGAUACAUCUCAUUUUGGGAAUGAGGAUGUCGCUUAUAGUUUUGUAUUUGAGGUUUUGAGGGAUGAGUGUCCGGUUUUGGGCAGAGAUAGGAAAUUGGGAAGGAAAUUUGGAGACAGGGAGCAGAGAUGGGGUGUCUUUGAGAUGGGAGACGGGGGGAUAGAAUCGCUGGAAGCUUUUGAGACCGGAGGUGAGGUUGGAUGA